AUGGUCAAUCUCGGCGAUCAAUUACCUAAUUUUAAAGCGAAUACAACCCAAGGCAAUAUUGAAUUCCAUUCCUGGCUAAAUGGAAAAUGGGGAAUCUUAUUCUCUCACCCGGACGAUUAUACUCCUGUAUGUACUACCGAACUUGGAAGGGCAGCUAAAUUAGCACCAGAAUUCGAAAAGCGUGGAGUCAAGUUGAUUGGACUUUCUUGCAAUUCGGCUUCAUCUCAUUCCGGUUGGAUUAAAGACAUCGAAGCCUAUAGUAGUUUAAGUGGCCAAUUUCCUUUCCCUAUCAUCGCAGAUGAAAAAAGAGAGCUUGCAGUACAACUUGGAAUGCUCGACCCAGACGAGAAGGACAGUGCCGGAUUACCUCUUACUUGUCGCGCUGUAUUUAUCGUUGAUCAGAACGCAAAACUUAAAUUGUCCUUAUUGUACCCCGCUACAACUGGAAGAAACUUCGAUGAAAUUUUGCGCGUCGUUGACUCCCUUAAACUAACUGUUGAGAAGAAAGUAGCAACUCCAGUUGACUGGAAGGCUGGCGAUAAAUGUAUGGUUAUUCCUUCUGUAAAAGCCGAAGAUAUCCCUAAGUUAUUCCCAAAAGGAGUCGAAAUUGCCAACGUCCCAUCCGGCAAGCAAUACAUCAGGCUAACUCCUCAGCCAUAA